AUGGUGGCUUUGACGGCAGAGAAGCAAGAUCGUAAUGUACUGUCGAGAAUCGCCUCCGGUGACGGUCACGGCGAGAAUUCGUCUUACUUCGAUGGAUGGAAAGCGUAUGAAGAAAACCCAUUUCACCCAGUUGAAAGACCCGACGGAGUUAUUCAGAUGGGUCUCGCUGAAAAUCAGCUUUGUGGAGAUUUGAUGCGUAAAUGGGUUUUAGAACAUCCAGAAGGUUCGAUUUGUACAGCAGAAGGUGUGAAUCAGUUCAGCGACAUUGCGAUUUUCCAGGACUAUCAUGGCUUGCCCGAAUUCAGACAAGCUGUAGCGAAAUUUAUGGAGAAGACAAGAGAUAACAAAGUUAAGUUUGAUCCUGACCGGAUAGUCAUGAGCGGCGGCGCAACCGGAGCACACGAGACGGUUGCUUUCUGUUUAGCCAAUCCCGGCGACGGUUUCUUAGUCCCGACUCCUUAUUAUCCAGGGUUUGAUAGAGAUUUGAGAUGGAGAACCGGAGUGAAUCUUGUACCGGUUACUUGUCAUAGCUCUAACGGGUUUAAGAUCACGGUGGAAGCCUUGGAAGCUGCGUACGAAAACGCGCGUGAAUCGAAUAUUCCGGUUAAGGGUUUACUCAUAACUAAUCCUUCGAACCCGCUCGGUACGACGUUAGACCGGGAUUGCUUGAAGUCUCUGGUUAAUUUUACCAAUGACAAAGGGAUCCACCUCAUUGCUGAUGAGAUCUAUGCUGCAACUACUUUUGGUCUAUCCGAUUUUACUAGCGUUGCUGAAGUAAUCGAGGAGAUUCCUGAUUGCAACCGCGAUUUGAUCCAUAUUGUGUAUAGUCUAUCGAAAGAUAUGGGUUUACCCGGUUUAAGAGUCGGUAUAAUAUAUUCUUACAAUAACCGGGUGGUUAACAUCGCAAGGAAAAUGUCGAGUUUCGGUCUGGUCUCGUCCCAAACGCAGCAUUUGAUCGCCAAAAUGUUAUCCGACGAAGGCUUUGUAGACGAGUUCCUCCGCGAGAGCAAACUACGGUUAGCUGCAAGACACGCAGAGUUAACCACCGGUUUAGACGGUUUAGGCAUUGGUUGGUUAAAGGCCAAAGCCGGUUUGUUUCUAUGGAUGGAUUUAAGAAGUCUCUUGAAGACAGCUACAUUCGACUCGGAGACGGAGCUAUGGCGUGUGAUCGUCCACAAGGUGAAGCUGAACGUUUCUCCAGGUGGUUCGUUCCAUUGCCACGAACCGGGAUGGUUUAGAGUGUGUUUUGCGAACAUGGACCACAAGACGAUGGAGACGGCUCUUGAGAGGAUCAGAGUGUUCACUAGACAACUCGAGGAGGAGAGUUUGAACCGGACUAAACCGAUGGCUGCGACAAGUAUGAUGGCUAAGAAGAAGAAGAAGUGUUGGCAGAGUAGUCUCCGGUUAAGCUUUAACGACACGAGACGGUUCGAAGAUGGCUUCUUCUCGCCUCAUUCGCCGGUGCCGCCUUCUCCGCUCGUACGUGCACAGACUUGA